AGAAACAAAAGUAGAAAAAGCUCGACAAGUUGGUUUCUGAGCUCGCAUUGUCCAUAACUGAGCAAACACAGCUUUGUGUUCCAUUCCCAAUUGUUAUCAUUAUUACCAAGUGCAUCUACUCGAAAAUGCCACGAUUCAAACUGAAUCUCAAGCCAAUCGCAGUUUAGACAGACAUAGCUUAAGCAAAGCCAUUGUCUAAAUCACACCACCACCACCACCGCUGCUGCUGCUGAUAGAAGUAGUUGUAGUCAUAUAUUCUUCAAUUACCUCUGCAACUCCUAUUGGGUCUUCUUGUUGCAUUCAUAUAUGGGACUAACACAGCAUCCUUUUAAACCCACCAAGAAAUUAACAAUGCUAGUAGAGAUGAAGGGAUUCAGGAAUGAAGAGUAAGAGAUGGAGGACUGCAUUAAGCAUGCAAAACAUCAAAAUGUGAUAAUGGGCUUAGCUCAACAAUAAUGGCCCAUCUUGUUAACACCUUCAAAACAUAUCCAGCUAUCUUGUCCUUCUUAAUCUUCUCCCCUCCAUCUGCUUGUUUGCUAGAAAAUCAGAUGGCUAUAAUCUCAGCUUGUGCUUCAACCAGUUGCUACACUCCUCCCUCCGCAGGAGGAGAAGGUAGACCGUGUAAGUACACUGGUCAGUCAGUGAGAGCGUUACCUAUAAGAAUUAUAACAGUGGGCAAAAAGAGAUCAGCUGGGGUACAAUUAUUAGUGGAAGAAUACACUAAGAAGCUCAAAAACUAUUGCUCUCUUCAUGAUCUUCCUAUUCGGUCCAACCCCAGAAAUGCUCGUGAUGAGAAGGCUCAGGUUGAUGAUGAAGACAAGGCAGUCAUGAACCUUAUCAGGUCUGAUGAUUGGGUUGUCCUGUUGGAUGAGCAUGGACGGGACAUUGGGUCCGAGCAGAUGGCUGAAUUGAUCGGGGAUGCAGGGAACACGGGAGCUUCUAGGUUAUCAUUCUGCAUUGGUGGACCGUAUGGUCAUGGGCAACAAAUACGAAAGCGUGCUAACAUUUCGAUUAGAUUGUCCUCCAUGGUUUUGAAUCAUCAGAUUGCGUUGCUUGUGCUUGUUGAACAACUGUAUAGGUCAUGGACGAUUCUGAAGGGGCAAAAUUACCAUCAUUAACCCUUAUGGUUGUGAUCUUGAAUCGUGCCAUAGUACUGAUACAGGUAUUAGACUAAUCAUGCCCUGCAGAUUCCGCUGUCAGCAGCAACUUGUUGGCUGAGUUGAUGUAUUAUGUUGAUAGCUUCAUUUUCUCAGGUAAUAGAAAUCAUUAUAGAAAGGUUGUGCUUGAAAUCCAGGACUGAAACUAGAUUGAGCUUAAUCCCGAUGGAUCUUCGAAGCCACCUUAAAGAUUCAUGAUGGUUCAACUCUCAAUCCCAACUGCGGAUUAAUUUCAACUUUUUUCUAUAAGCAUUAACAGGUGAUGUCAUGGUGUUAGAUGAGCACGGGCUUGAAGUUCAUGUAAUUUGACAAGGGCAUUUUAUCAUGUUAUUCUUCGUGCUGGACCAUAUGCUCAGGGCACAAAUGUGUGAACAUUCUAAUAGAUGAAUCAAGCUAUAACUUGUGUGC